AUGGAGGAAGAAAGAGGCGAAAACUUCGACGGUGUGAGCACCGAUCGCCUCAAACAGGAGUUACUGGAAGAAACCCACUUGAAGGUUAUGGUACAACUAUCAGUACUUGAAUUAAGAAACAAGAUAGCGGAACUGGAAGCUAAACUCAAUACUGACGAUGAAGGUGGUGAAUGGAAAGCUCGUUAUGAGAUUCAACUUGAACUGAAUGAUCAACUAGAAAAGCAAAUUGUUUCUCUUAAAGACAAAAUAGAAAAGAUCCGUGGAAAUCCUUCAGAUAGACUGUCUUCCAUUCGUGUCUAUGAACGAAUGUCAGUGGAAUCCUUAAAUAUAUUACUUAAACAACUAGAAAAAGAAAAAAGGAGUCUUGAAUAUCAAGUGAAAGUCUAUGCACUGAAAUUGGAACAGGAGUCAAAGGCUUACCACAAGACCAACAGUGAGCGCCGUGCAUGCCUAGCUGAAAUGUCUCAGGUCUCUGGCUCAUACCAGCUUUCUAAAAGACAACAGAUGAAUCAACCUAGAAUGAAAGAUAAUCCAGUGAAAAUGGGAAGGUAUAAUUCAGUUAAUCAGAAGACAAUUAAUGCCAAGAGACGACCAGUGAAAAAUAUUACAAGAUCCAACUGUCUUCCAAAACUCAACCCGUGA